UCACGUUGGAUGGGCUGUGCAAGGAAUUAGCUGGAACAAAAAAAGCCACGAGCCAUGCCAUAGGAGGAGCUGCUGGAGUUAGGAGAAGCCAGCGGAGGCCGCCGCCGCCGCCGGCUCCGAACUGCGACCGCCGACCGGCCACACCUUGGUCUCAACGGCGCACUCGUCGCCGAGCAUCGCCCGGCUUUGUCGCUAGAAUCGGGGGAUUUCCGCCGAGUGUAGGCGGCGGUGGAUUGGGCGCGUCUCGGUCCAGAUACAUUGGCGGAGGGCAUUGUUUUCCUCGAUCUCUCGCGAGUCUCAUCAUCCGAGUUCCCGCCGUCUCCAGAUCCGUCCACUCGCCGCCGCCCCUAUACAUACGAAACCUGGCAGAUAAUUCCUCAGAUGUGCAGAUUCUAAAACUAUUUCAGAUUCAGUAUCCCUUGGCGGGACUAGGGAAAGAAGAGUGCACUAGAAGCAUAAUGCGUCUGAAAUUACAGUUUGUUCCUAGCUGAUGAUACCUACUUUCAAGGCAGAGCAGAGGCUAAGAUAGUUUUUUAAUGGCAAACAUAGAUAUUGGUUCAGAUGAAGAUCUGCAUCAGACCAUGAUGAUGAAACCAAAGAGAAAGGGGCUUCAACUCACCAACCUGCCAAAGGACAUUCUCUGCAGCAUCCUGUCACGGUUGCCUAUAAAGGAAGCCGUGCGGACGAGCAUACUGUUGGAACACUGGAAACAUCUUUGGCGCUGCCACUCAAAUCUAGAAUUCAGUCUUAGAUCAAUGUUUCCAGGUCCUCGUACCAAUGGACCCAACGAUGUUAGGCCAUGGAAAGACGUGUUUAUUGAGAGAGUUGAUGCGGUCCUGCAGCAACACUCUGGUGCAGGGGUUGACAACAUUCAGUUCCAGGCUCCAUGUGACGAUGAGCAUGGGGAUCGGAUAGAGGGAUGGGUCAGAUUUGCUACUGCUUCCAAGACGAAGCAACUUAUUCUCGAUUUCUCAGCUACACACCAUAUAGAGCAACAUCCAUAUAAAAUCGAUUUGCGGCUUCUCGAUGACAGUAAAAGCUCACACCUGCAAUCCAUAAAACUCUGUUCCGUUUCUCUAAAGGUGCCUGCGGAUUUCAAGGGUUUUCGGAACCUUAAAUGGAUUUUCCUAGCGGACACGAAUAUUACCGACGGCGACCUUCACCAUUUGGUGUCCAACUGCAGUGGUAUUUUGGAGUUCCUUGGAAUCGCUGGUUGUGGGAUGCUCAGAAGGUUACAUAUAUCUCAUCUUUCAAACAAGCUUAAGCAUUUGCAAGUAUAUGACUGCCGCUUGCUUCAAGCGAUGGAGUUAAACUUUGGUCUGGUAAAGCUCGAGUACAGAGGCCCGUCUGUAUUGUUAUCGCCUCCUGGAAGUUUACUUCUAGCAGAUAUAUGCAUCAAGCUGGAGGGUAUCUGUACUAAUUCUCUAGAGUACAUGUUCACCAAACUUGGUCAUAAUGUGCCUCGUCUCGAGAUUCUGACUCUAAGAUGCCGUGAGGGGAAGAUGGCUACACUGCGAGGAAAACUGCAUGAGUUUGUUCAUUUGAAGCACCUGAGACUGGACUUGACUUUUGGGUGUGCGACAAGGACAACUGAUAUUCUUGAAUUUGCCUGCCUUCUGGUUGCUGCUCCUUUCUUGGAAAAGCUGGAAUUUCACAUGUGGCUGCGCUGCCAGCAUGAACGAUACAGUGUGGGUAAAGGGCAUCUCCGGAGCCUUCCCUCCCAACCACACUCCCAGCUCAGGUCGGUCGACAUCACGGGGUUCUACGGCGAGAAGGACCAACUGGAGCUGGCGCUCCACAUCCUCAGAGACUCCGUCGUGCUGGAAUCGAUGAAGAUAGACCCAGGACCCGCGGCCGCCCCCGCUGGUCUUACCCGACUGGCGCGCACGGAGGCUCCUCAUUUUGUGGACGGCUACGAAGUCGCCCGGGAGUUCCUCCUCAGCAGAGACCGCCGCGAUGUUGUCCAUGUCGCAGAGCCUCUGGCCUGUCGUCUGAGGCCGCUCAUGCUUGGCGCCCGGUGGCGUAUCGAUGCAGCCCAACGUGCGUCUUUCUUUGCAGCUCUGCGCAGAAGAAACGCGGAGAAUGCAGGGUAAUGGUCGCUGCCUUCCUCCGGCCGGGCUUUCUGAAGCUAUGCAUACACCGGUGACAUUUGGUAGCAUUCAUUCAGAGUUGGUCAAAACUCUGUCUGCUGAACUCCAUCCAUUUGGUAGCAUUCAUUCAUAGUGAAAACUGUUUUGUUGGAUCAUAAUGGAAAAGAAAGGACUUUUGUUCA